AUUCUUCUACCAUCUGGUCGCGCCUUAGCUGUGGUAUCGACGUCCGUCAUUCCCUCUACUCUCCCUGCGCCAGUGGCUACAUCACAAUCAUGGAGUCGGAACUUGCUCCCAAAUUUGCGCCCUUCAUCGGGAUGGGCGGCAUUGCAGCUGCAAUGAUAUUUGGAUCUAUCGGUGCUGCCUAUGGAACGGCUAAAUCAGGCAUCGGUAUUGCCGGCGUUGGCACCUUUCGGCCGGAUCUGAUCAUGAAGUGUCUGAUUCCAGUGAUCAUGUCUGGUAUCCUGGCAGUUUACUCGCUUGUUAUUGCGGUCCUCAUCGCAGAAGAUCUCGCCGCCCCCUCAGCAAAGAGCUACAGUUUAUUCACAGGUUUUAUGCACCUUGGCUGCGGCAUAUCUGUAGGAAUGACCGGACUGGCAGCUGGAUACUGCAUUGGUAUUGUUGGCGAUAACGGUGUUCGUGCCUUCAUGGCGCAGUCUAGGAUAUUCGUCGGCAUGGUGUUAAUUCUUAUUUUUGGCGAAGUAUUGGGUCUUUACGGGCUCAUCGUUGCUCUUUUACUCAACACGAAGAGCUAAACUCGAUCUUUCCGAGACGAUUGCGUUUCACAGUUUAACGGAUAUUUACAACUAAAUGGCUCCGAUCAGCGUUCCACAUUCAUUGGGUGUUCUCUAGACGUCGGAUGGUUUAAGGGGG